AUGCAGCCCUCCAACUGUAUCGGAAGGAGUUGGGCGGGGAGGUGUGACGGUGGGGAAGACUGGCGCGAUCGCUGGUCCGCUGCUGGGAGCCUGGGAGCCUGGGAGCCUGGGAGCCUGGGAGCCUGGGAGCCUGGGAGCCUGGGAGCCUGGGAGCCUGGGAGCCUGGGAGCCUGGGAGACUGGGAGCCUGGGAGCCUGGGAGCCUGGGAGCCUGGGAGCCUGGGAGCCUGGGAGCCUGGGAGCCUGGGAGCCUGGGAGCCUGGGAGCCUGGGAGCCUGGGAGCCUGGGAGCCUGGGAGCCUGGGAGCCUGGGAGCCUGGGAGCCUGGGAGCCUGGGAGGUGGGGGCACCAGGCGAGGAGUCCAGAGCGCCGCGGGAGGAAUGUCCGGGUAA